UCUCUACUUAUCAAAAUAAUACAGAGUCGAUGGAGCAAGCAGCUAAUGGGAAGGUCCAAACCCUAGAAAUCUAUAGGUGCAAUAUUCUCUCACAAAUAGUUCGUGCAGUUUCUCUCACUUCCUUGCGCUUUCCCUCGAUUUUUCUUUCCAAUUUUCUCUUGAAUCCUUCCCAUGUGACUGAAUCUGACCGUUUAUUGUAAACCAUUCAGUCCCAUCAAUCUGGAGGAGAUACCAAACUCAAAAUUCUUUAGUCUUAAUUUAUAGGGUUUUGGGAUUAGUCAAGUUAGGAUUUUUUAGAUAACAGGUUUGGAAGAUUGGUGUUCAAUCAGGGGUUUAUUUUUCCUGGGAGGUUUUUGCUAGUGUAAUGUUUGGUUGAUUUGAGGUUUUCUGUGAUUGUGAAUUUAGGUUUUUUUUUAUUUUUUUGGGAGAUAUUUGGAUUAUAUAGGGAAGUGUUGGUGAGGCAGCGGAGGGGUAUCGGAGCUGCCAAUGCAAUUUGUUUGGUUUUCGGAGGAUUUUUCGGUGAUUUUUCAGAUACCGAAAGAGUUUGAGUUCAAUGUCUUGGGCAGGACCAGAAGAUAUCUAUCUAUCUACUUCGCUUGCAAGUUAUCUCGACAAGAAGCUUCUUGUAUUGCUUCGAGAUGGUCGAAGACUGUUGGGGAUACUUCGUUCUUUUGAUCAAUUUGCCAAUGCUGCUCUUGAAGGUGCAUGUGAACGAGUUAUUGUUGGUGAUAUUUAUUGUGACAUCCCAUUAGGUCUAUAUGUAAUACGUGGAGAAAAUGUCGUUUUAAUUGGUGAAUUGGACUUGGAGAAGGAGGAACUUCCCUCGCAUAUGACACGUGUUUCAGCCGAAGAGAUAAAAAGGGCGCAGAAAGCAGAAAGGGAGGCUACAGAUCUCAAAGGCUCCAUGAGAAAGAGGAUGGAGUUUCUUGAUUUUGAUUGAUGCAUAUUCUUUAGACAUCUGGUCCUGCAUUUUGCAUAGUUUCUGUGCCAUGUCUUCCGCAAAUAUUAUCGCGGUUGGUGGAUUCUGGCUUUUAUAAAUUAUUGCCAGAUGAUCAUUUUGCCCGUCUACACAAUUUGCUGUAAUAUCUAUGAAAAAUUUAUUCACGAAUUAGGGAACAGGAUGUUUUGUGUUUGACGUUUCAAAACCAUCAUUAUUAUAUUUUAGUCUUGCCUGGCCAAUUUUCUUGUUAA